GCAGGAAUCCUUUUCAUGUCCGCCUGCAGAUGUCCCACAUCCACACGUCUUAAUGGCUUUUUAUGGCAGCCUGGAAUCUUUAUGGCUUCUUCUGACUCAGUGGGAUUCACUACAGAGACACAGGCGUCUUCACAAGGAGCGGCGGCCACAAUGCAUCGCAGAUGCUCAUUUAUUUAUUUACUUUUUAUCUCAGAUAAACCGUUUGGUCUCUGGAGAGACUCUUGUUAACCCCGUGAAUAUCUGGAUUUAAUUCAGUCACCUUUCUGAUGCUCUGCCACCUUUUGGAUUACAUUUACUACAUUGUGAGCUUUCACUAUGUCCAGCCUUUGCAGGCAGUGGGACUACGCUGAGAGUUUUUGCAAACCUGAUCUGGAUUUCCGGGGCACAUUUCCAGCAUAAACUGUGUCACCUCCUCCUCUGAAGCAGCACGUUAAACUGUGGUCAUCAUGGGUCGAACUCCACACAGAGAUCAAAAAGAGGAGAAGAAGGAGAGACGGAGCAGCAUCACAGCGGGCUCUGCCCUCGACAAAUCCAACGAACCGUUCAGCUGGGAGGAUUAUCUGAGAGAAACGUCGUCCACCGCAGCUUCGCCGACUUGCUUCAAACAGGCCAGAGUCCCGCCCUCCAACGACUUCAAAGCCGGUAUGAAACUGGAGGCGCGGGACCCUCGCAACUCCAACUCUGUGUGCAUCGCCACGGUGAUGGGCAUGAUGGGCACUCGUCUGCGCCUGCGGCUGGACGGCAGCGACAACACCAACGACUUCUGGCGGCUGGUCGACUCGUCGGACAUCCAGCCGAUAGGGACCUGCGAGAGGACCGGAGACAUGCUGCAGCCGCCGCUGGGUUUCAGGAUGAACGCCUCCUCGUGGCCCAUGUUUCUCCUGCGGACGCUGAGUGGAGCAGAGAUGGCCCCCGCUUCUGCGUUUAAGAAGGAACCUUCCAGUCCCGCUAAAAACUACUUCCAGCCUGGUAUGAAGCUGGAGGCGGUGGACAGGAAAAACCCUUACCUGAUUUGCCCUGCCACAGUCGGAGAGGUCAGAGGUCAGGAGAUCUUCGUCAUGUUCGACGGCUGGCGAGGCGCCUUUGAUUACUGGUGCCCUUUCGACUCCAGGGACAUCUUCCCCGUCGGCUGGUGCACGCUGACCAAGCACAGCUUACAACCGCCUGGAAACUUCUUUACCCUCCCCGGUGCGCUCCUUGCUCCGGUUUCCGCCACCUCAGCCUCCCUCACGACGCGUCGCUCCUCGUCCAACUCCUCCUCCUCCAUGCAGACCUCGUACAGACUGCCCAACCCCUUGCCGCCGCUUCCUGUCCGCAAGGGCGUCCGAGGUCGUCGUCCCAAAUCCCAGACUAUUGCUCUGUUGAAGGCAGCGGCGGAAGCGGCGGCGGCGGCGGCGGCGGUGAAUGGAGCGUCGCAGAGUCCGGCCAGAACAAGCACUGAGGUUCAGCUGGCCCCCCGACCAUACAAGAAGAGAGGGCCCAAGCCUAAGAACAAGAAGAAGCCUCGGGUGGUGCAGUCCCUGGGGUCAGCGUCAGCGGUUGCAGCUCCGCCUCCAGAGACCAGGCUGAGCUCCAGCCACGUCUCAGGAGACAACAACAGCAGCAGCAGCAGCUCAAAUGUCGUUUGCACGGUUUGCGUCUAUGUGAACAAACACGGGGACUACGGCCCCAAUCUGGACCGAAAACUGGUACAGCAGCUCCCGGAUCACUUUGGUCCGGCUCCAGUCAACGCUGUGCUUCAGCAGGCCGUCCAGGCGUGCGUGGACUGCACGUACCAGCCGUCGGUGCUGUUGUCGUUCCUACAGAGUCAGUCGCACACGGAAGGAGAGGUCAUCAGAGUGCGGUCGGAGCACGGUAUCCGCUAUGUGAAGCUGCCCUCCGCCUCCAGUGCGUCCUCGGUGCUGCGGUUCCUGGAGAACAUGUGCCAACACCUGGAGAGCGACAGUCUCUUCAGCUCCCAGCCGUUCAGCCCUUAUAACAACAACACACGCUUCUACAACAAAACCAAAUCAGAACCUGCGUCCCACACUGAGAACGGCCUUUCCAAAGACGAUUCCGUAAAAGAUAGCGCCCCCAGCUCCCGCUCCAUUCACAGCGCAUCAGACUACAGAACAGCAAAGAAGGAGCGGCCAUAUUUCCCCGGACACACUGGACACACCCACACGUCGCUGCCGCCGCCGCCCCCGCCGCCACAGCCGAUACGACGCGUCAGCUCCAACCCAGGUGAACUUGGCCCAGUGUGUACCCACAGAAGAGUGGAGGCAGCGAGUUCAACGACGGGACCAGACCACGUGAAACAGGACAAGGAAGCUUCAGGGAACAACGCGGCUUCCUGGUCUGUCGAUGACGUCAUACGGUUCGUCCAAGAGGCCGAUCCCCACACUCUCGGCCCACACGUCGAUCUCUUUAGGAAACAUGAGAUUGACGGGAAGGCUCUGAUGCUGCUGCGCAGUGAUGUCAUUAUGAAGUACAUGGGACUGAAGCUGGGCCCGGCGCUCAAACUCUGCCAUCACAUUGAGAAGCUGAAACAGACCAAACAGUAGAAGAGAAAGAUAAAGACUCUCUCUCUCUUUCCUCACUGGCAAUUAAACACACAACAUGCAUUAGUCUACAGGGAUAAUAGUGACAUGUAAAUCCAUCACCGAAGGACACUGAACUCAUGUGCUUGGUACUUUUUGUGAAUUGUGGUAUUUUCUGAGUGAAUUUGACUACUAUUGGGCCACACAUGAAUAAAUACACAAACAUUUCAGUAUUUUCCACAAAAGUAAAUCCCUAGUACUGUGGCGAAACCUUUGAAACAGCAUUUAGACCUCACGUUUGAGUGGAAAUAGUAACAUAAAGUAUAAUUAAAUAAUACAAUUAAAUGUAAAUCAAUAUUAUUUCUCCA